CUAAAGAGCUUGGUUUGCCCUCCUGGAAAGUGGAUCAGUGACUUAUGGAGGUGUGUACAGGGUGGGCCCUGGAGGCCUGCUCUGAUGGGACUUGUUCUUGCAGAAUCGCUCAAAAGUAGGGUUCCAGGGCUCGGAACAACUGGGUAUGGGCACCGAGGAUGAAGGCCCAGAGCCAGACUGCCAGAAGCAGUUCCAGGCUGCAGUCAGCGUCAUUCAGAGCCUGCCCAAGAACGGCUCUUACCGCCCCUCCUAUGAAGAGAUGCUGCGUUUCUACAGCUACUACAAACAAGCUACCAUGGGGCCCUGCCUGGUUCCCCGGCCCGGUUUCUGGGACCCCAUUGGACGCUAUAAGUGGGAUGCCUGGAACAGCCUGGGCAGGAUGAGCAGGGAGGAGGCCAUGUCUGCCUACAUCGCUGAGAUGAAGGUGGUGGCGCAGAAGGUGAUCGACACAGUGCCGCUAGGUGAGGUGGCAGAGGACAUGUUUGGUUACUUCAAGCCCCUGUACCAGGUGAUCCCUGACAUGCCGAGGCCCCCGGAAACCUUCCUGAGAAGAGUCACAGGUCAGAAAGAGCGGGUACUGAACAGGAAUGUUGGGGCUGACUUGGAGCCUCCCUGCCCCCGCAAGGAACCAGCCCCUCCAAGCCCAGAGUUCCAGCUGCCCAGGGAUUUGGACUCCGAGGUUUUCUGUGAUUCCCUGGAGCAGCUGGAGCCAGAGCUGGAGGUUUGGGCAGAGCAGAGGGGAGCACCUGGAGGAGAGCCUGACACCAGGACCAGCCCCAGCCCCCCCAGAGAGCAAGAGGGGUUUGGGGGCAGCCUGCUGGGACCCCAGGAACUGGACACGUGGCUGACGGGGACAGUUCAGGCGCUGCAGGAGAGCAUGCAGGAUGUCCAGGGGAGACUGCAGAGCCUGGAAAGCAUGCCCCACCCGCACAAGCAGCAGAGGCCCCCACCCAGUAUCCGGCCUUGGCCCUUCAGGCUCUCAGGCUGCACGCUGCUCUUCUUCCUCCUGUGGCCCUUCGUUGUCCAGUGGCUCUUCAGACAGUUUCGGACCCAGAAGAGGUGACUCUCCAUGGAGGGGUCUCUGCAGCCAACUGAGAAGGCGAGGCUACCAGCGCCCCUGUUCUGCUGUGUUCUGUGCCUUGCUAGAGCUGAGUGAAGAAGGCAUUAAAAAUCACACCCCAUUAGUGUUUGCCUUGACACCCCCUCCUCUAAUGGGGCUGGAUAAGACCCUACCCUUCUCUGCAAGCUUCCCAUGAACGCUUUCUCUCCUAACUGCCCGGCCUUCCCUAGAAGGCGGCAGCGUGGUGCAGGUUCCCGGUCCUUAAUCGGCCAGGGGCGGGGCUGUCGGGUCUCAGCCCCUGCCCUCCCCAAGAUCUGACUCCUUCCACCCCAGCCUCUCCCCAGGAGGCUCAGUUUUUGGGCAAGUUGGGAUUUGGGCCGGGGCCUGGGCAAGUGAUUGGUUGGGAGGCCCGGACGAGUUGGGGAAUGGGAGGGGACAGGACUCGGAGGAGGAGUAAGCACUGAUUUUGCUUGACGCCCCCCACCACGAUCGUUCACCACGCACACUCAGGACAUCUUCACUGAAGAUUCACUUUACAAACGAAUGUUUCACUAAAUAAAAUAAAACAAAACCUUAAUUUGCUGCCGUCUGUGCUCCCACAGAGUGAGGCAAGAAGCCGGGCCCGGGGCGC